GGAUGGGGAAACCCACCUCGGCCGAUGAGAUAAAAAAAAAACUGCCAAUUCUUCCUGUGUGAUGAAAGUAAGAUCUCAUCUUCUCUGUUGGUACCUUGCCUAGAUUUAAUGUUGACAGUUCAAGGCUGAAGAGAUAGCGGCACCUUUGUGGUCAAAAAGUCUGUCUACACUCACAUUCAGCGCGAACGUUGCUUGCUACCGCGACUCUGCUCGGCAUUGACGAUGGCUUCACAUCCUGAGGAAAAGGGCUCGUUCGGUCCAGGCCGAGAGGACGUCGAGUCUCCCGCCGUGAAAGAGGAACCCUCACCAUCCUCUCCAUCCUCAGCCGACGCCGAAGAAGAGAAAGCGCUCCUCUGGAAACAAGACAAGCGCAUUAUCCCGCUCUCCGCAAGCAUCUACUUCCUCUGCUUCCUCGACCGCUCCAACAUUGGCAACGCAAAGAUCCUAAACUCGUCCACGGGCCACGACAUGCAGACCGAGACUCACAUGUCAAACCGCGACUUCACAAUCGCCCUCAUGAUCUUCCUCAUCGCCUACGCGAUCUUCGAGGUCCCCUCCAACAUACUUCUCAAGAAGCUCCGGCCCUCGCGCUGGCUCGCCUUUCUCAUGUUCUCUUGGGGCUCCGUCACCAUUGGCCUCGGCGGCGCAAAUAGCUUCGCGACGGUGACGGGCGUGCGGUUCCUCCUCGGCGUUUUUGAAGCCGGGCUGUUCCCGGGACUGGUGUACUAUCUCACCUUUUGGUACAAGCACGACGAGAGGAGCGUGAGGGUCGCCAUGAUCCUCGCGAGCGCGACAUUGGCUGGUGCGUUUGGUGGGGCGAUUGCGUAUGGGAUCGGGCAUAUGAACCAGGUGCACGGCAUGUCGGGGUGGCGGUGGCUCUUCAUCCUCGAGGGCAUCCCUUCGUGUCUGUCUGCCUUUUUUGUCUGGUUCUUCUUACCUGAUUAUCCCGAAAGUGCCAGCUGGCUUUCGGAGCGAGAGAAGGAUCUCGCGCUGCGGAGACUCUACCAUGAGGGCAGCAAGAGCAGCCACAAGACUAUGUCUUGGGAAGAAGCCAAGGCUACGCUGACGGACUGGAGGUUGUAUGGACACUACCUGGUAUACUUUGCCAUGUCGACGCCGUUCUCAUCGCUGUCGCUGUUCACACCGUCCAUCACCUCAGGACUCGGGUUCGUCGAUCUACAAGCGCAGCUAAUGACGGUUCCCCCAUACGCUGCAGCAUACGUCGUCCAAAUCCUCGUAGCCUGGUCCGCAGACCACUUCAACGCCCGCGGCGUCCACUCCGCAGCCUUAGCCCUCAUCGGCGGCGUCGCCUUCGCCGUCUCGGCCGUUCUCCCGCCCGACGCCUACAACGCGCGCUACGGCUGCCUCAUCAUCGGCGCCUCGGGCGCUUUUGCGUGCAUCCCGCCGCUGCUGGGCUGGCUAACGUCCAACAUCUUCAGCACGGCGGCGACGGGGCUCGCCAUCGCGCUCAAUGUCAGCAUCGGCGCCGGGCUCGGACAGAUCCCGGGCGUAUGGGUCUACAAGGCCGAGGAGAAGGCCCGAGGGUACCCGACGGGCCACUGGGCUAACGCGGCGCUGCUUUUUGUUGUCGUGGUUGGGUGUGCGGCGCUGAGGGUGUAUUAUGGGGUUAAGAACCGGGGAAUUGUACGGCGGGCGGCGGAGGAGGGGACGGAGCCGAGGUUGUACAAGUUGUGAUGGUCUUUUGGCGAGCAUUGCAUCGUCACUCUGUCUUGUUAGACUGCUGUCUCCUCGUCCGUAGAGUCCCAGUAAACAAAGUUUGCGUCAAUGAGUCGCAAGGUUUCAGGACUGGGCGAACGCGUUUAGUUGUGUAGGCAUGAAUCCCACCGGUAACCUAAGCUGGAAAUACGCGUCUUGCCAACCCCAAUUACUCUUACAUGUUCGCAUGGCGAUCUCGCGAAACUUCGUCGAAAAAAGUUGAGGCUGUCGCGAGAGCUGUAGUGGCACCGAAGCC